AUGGCGCUGCGGCGCCUCCUGCUGCUGCUGCUGCUGCUGCUCUCGCUGGAGUCCCUGCACCUGCUGCCCGGCGCCCGCGGCGCCCGCGGCCGCGCCGCCAACCGGACCCUGAGCGCCGGCGCCGCUGCCGUCGGGGGCCGACGGCCCGGGGGCGCCCUGGCCCGGGGCGGCCGCGAGCUGAACGGCACCGCCGCCCGGGCGCCCGGCGGCUCGGAGGCGGUGAGCCGGCGGGGACAGCCCGCGGCGGCGGUGGCGGCGGCCAGCGCGGCCGUCACCUACGAGACGUGCUGGGGCUACUACGACGUGAGCGGCCAGUACGACAAGGAGUUCGAGUGCAACAACAGCGAGAGCGGCUACCUGUACUGCUGCGGCACCUGCUACUACCGCUUCUGCUGCAAGAAGCGCCACGAGAAGCUGGACCAGCGCCAGUGCACCAACUACCAGAGCCCCGUGUGGGUGCAGACGCCCAGCACCAAGGUGGUGUCGCCGGGGCCCGAGAACAAGUACGACCCGGAGAAGGACAAGACCAACUUCACCGUGUACAUCACCUGCGGGGUCAUCGCCUUUGUCAUCGUGGCCGGCGUCUUCGCCAAGGUCUCCUAUGACAAGGCCCACCGCCCUCCGCGGGAGAUGAACAUCCACAGGGCGCUGGCCGACAUCUUAAGACAACAGGGACCAAUCCCCAUAGCACACUGUGAAAGAGAAACUAUGUCGGCCAUCAAUACGUCUCCCAAAGAGAGCACACCGGUCCGAUCGUCCUCCAAAAACCACUACACCCCCGUGCGCACCGCCAAGCAGACUCCAGGACAUUAUGGGAAGGAUGCUUACCGAAGUGGAGGACCCGAUCUCCAUAACUUCAUCUCCUCUGGAUUUGUCACGUUAGGAAGAGGACACACGAAGGGUGAUCAUCAGUACAACCAUCCGAUUUUAAGCAGUGCGGCCCAGACCCCUACACAUGAGAAGCCACGGAUGAACAACAUCCUGACAUCGGCCACCGAGCCCUAUGACCUCUCCUUCUCCCGCUCCUUCCAGAAUUUGGCCCACCUGCCCCCAUCCUAUGAGUCUGCCGUGAAGACCCACCCCAGCAAGUACUCAUCCUUGAAGAGACUAACUGACAAGGAGGCUGACGAAUAUUACAUGAGGAGGCGGCACCUGCCAGACCUGGCUGCCCGAGGCACCCUCCCCCUCAACGUCAUCCAGAUGUCCCAACAGAAGCCCUUACCUCGAGAGCGACCCCGCCGGCCCAUCCGGGCCAUGUCGCAGGACAGGGUUCUGUCCCCCGAGCGGGGCCUGCCAGACGACUUCGGCUUGCCCUACGACCGCAUCCUGUCCGAUGAGCAGCUGCUGUCCACGGAGCGCCUGCACUCCCAGGACCCGCUGCUGUCCCCGGAGCGGACGGCCUUCCCCGAGCAGUCCCUGUCGCGGGCCAUCUCGCACACGGACGUCUUUGUGUCCACGCCCGUGCUGGAGCGGUACCGCGUGACCAAGAUGCACUCCCAUCCCAGUGCCUCCAGUAACUCCUAUGCCACGCUGGGCAAGAGCCAGACGGCCGCCAAGCGCCAGGCCUUCGCCUCGCGCAGACACAACACGGUGGAACAGCUGCACUACAUCCCGGGUCACCACACCUGCUACACAGCCAGCAAGACGGAAGUGACCGUGUGA